AUGAAUGUGGAUGGUUUGAGCAUACCCAAUCAGGGACCCAGCAAAGUAUUUUGGGGCACUCGCAGGGGUCCAACCACACGCCGGCAAAGGGAGUUCAUGCCGGAAGAGAAGAAGGACACAGUUUACUGGGAGAAACGGAGAAAGAACAACGAGGCAGCCAAGCGGUCUCGAGAAAAGCGACGUCUCAAUGAUGUGGCUAUUGAAGGCAGGCUGGCCAUGCUGCUGGAGGAGAAUGCUGUACUACGGGCUGAACUGCAAGCGCUCAAACUUCAAUUUGGCUUGUUACCAUCCAUGUGUGGUUCCCGGAUGUUGCCCUUGCAAGCCUUGCUCUGGAAGUCUUCCUGGACUGGGGAGUCCCAUUCAGGGGCUGACUCAUUCUUGCCUUUGCCUGGUGGCCAUGGCUGUCUGUUCAAACCAUAUUCGGUGGAUUCUGGGAUUCCAGGCUGCUCAGGCUGCCUGGUGGCUCAAGGGUGGCCUGGCUUAUCUGCUUCCUCCAGGUUCUUGCAGGAGUCAGAGCCCUUGUCCCACCGAAUAGUUGACAGGGCCUUUCACGCUGCCUUCCCAGAUACUGUCUUUGGUUGUCAUUUCCUAGAUAGGCAUGUGGGAACAAGACCAGAACUAAAGACUUGUUGUGGCCUGUGGUCACCUGUGCCCACUGGAUCCCAUGCCCCAGGGUACUCAGGUAUAUCAAUGGCCUCCUCUGAGAGUUCAAUGGGAUUUUCUCCGAGUAUGACCUGCCCUGUCCCAGGUAACAGGUCUGAGGGUCUGGCUCAGAUUUCCCUGCCUCACAAGCUGCGCAUCAAAUCCCAACUCUCAAGCCUGUUAUGCUGA